UUCCACGACCCGCGGGGCACCCUCGUCGAGAUCGGCAUGGGCACCGGACCGAACAUGAGGUACUACGAGGGACUCAACGUCGUGGGCGUCGAGCCCAACGAGGAAUCUCACUCCUACGCGUACGAGAACGCGAACAGGAACGGGGUCAAGUCAAUCGAGUGCGUCAGGGGGUUCGGCGAGUCGCUUCCCCUGGGAGACGCCUCGGUGGACACGGUGGUGAGCACGCUGGUGAUGUGCACGGUGGACGACGUGGAGCGCACGCUCGCGGAGGUCAGGAGGGUACUCAGGCCGGGCGGCGCGUACCUGUUCCUCGACCACGUGGCGGCGCCCCCGGGCACGCCGCUGCGGACGAUGCAGGAGAUGCUCAACCCGCUGAACAGGGCGGCGUACGAGGGGUGCAGGCUGACGCGCGACCCGGAGGCGGCGGUGAGAGCCGCGUUCGGCGAC